UGCUGCAUAAAACGUUAUUACGUGGUUAGGAAUGCUCAUGGUCGAGUGAGGAAGUGAAAUAUUGCGUCCGAUUUCUUGAUAUUUCUAUACAAUUGAUCAAAGUCUGCAAAGAUUUUGUAUCUAGCUUUAUUUUACACGUUAACCAAGGAAGAUAACAAUCGAAGAUGCUUUCACCGUGAAAAUCCGUUGCACUAACAACGUGAUGCAAAAAAGGAAAUUAUUAUCAGCCAGCUAUAUUAUCAGAUGCAAAUCACCACGCCACUUAUCUAGCCCCUCUAGAACGGGACGGUCGAUGGUCUCGUCUCACGUGGCACACAAACCCGAUAGAGCGAUAAAUAAGAUUUUCUUUCUGUCCGCAAACGCCUAUCAGCUGAUACAGACAUCGUUAAUUCUGAACAAAUUGCAAGUUAGCGUCUUGAAACGCGAAAAUUUGCAUAGUAUCACGUCACUAACCGAGGAAACUGCUGCUCCAGCGCGUCGGCCGAUAGUAGCCGGCGCAAGCGCACGGCGGACGCCGACAAUUACCUUUUUUACCGGCAAUUUUCUAAAUUCAAAAGACAAGCGCGCUUCUAUCUAGAAAACGAAACGAAACGUAACAUUUUUAUCGAGUUCUGAUUUCGAAAUUUUGAAAAUUGAAUUCGUGCGAUCGAUCGACUUUUUUUCUAAGGUGUCAGUUGUGGUGUGUGCUUGGAAGUGGCCAGUGUUUAAGUGCAAUGGUGUGAUUUCUUCUGUUGUGUGUUUAUUAUAAUGGAAAGAAGUGUUUUAGCUGAUACAAGGCACGUGCACUGGGCAUCUGAAGUAAGUGUUUUGGCUGUAUAAUAUAUCUGCACUCAGAAUACCGCAGCACGUACCGAUGGCACGAGCACAAAGAGCAACAGCAGGGGGUGGUCAAGCAGCCCGCCCCCACGCCCCCCUCAGCCCUCCCUCUGCAGCGAGGACCUAUCGAGCCGGCGAUGCCUCGUCGGAAGAAGUACCCAGGCGUGGCGUACAAAUCCAACGAGCUAUUCGACCCGGCGCCAGCUGAUGACAUCCGACCACAGCAGACCUCGGCUUUUGACAGGGCUAGGAGCGCGCAAAGAAACGACGCGGAUAGAGCCGGGAGACGCAGCAAGUCUGAGGGGCCUCGCCAGGCACGGUGGACGGACACUGUCGAGCCUAAGGCAACUACGGCGCUCGGCGAUGUGGUGCCGGUCAAGGAGCCAGACUUCGCAAGCACCGAGUACAGGAACCAGUUCGCGUGGCCCAAAGACACCACAGACUCCGCGCCGAGGAAGAGCAUCUCCAUGGGGGCUCUCAAGAAAGCUGCAGUGGCUGAAGGAUCAGUAGAAGCUGAACCCCUGAUGAAUCAUGUGGAUGGCGACCACGACCACGGUCAGAAACGGUACAUAGAGGAUUACCUCUGGAACGGACAGAAGAAGGGGGUACAAAGAAAAUCGACGUUCCGUAGCGCGCUAUCGGCCCUCAUAUCCAACGGGGAGGAUCGUUCCAAAGAUAAUAGGAAACGUUACAAAAGCGAGUACAAAAAGAAAUUUAGACCGUUCUCUCAGUACGUGUACGAGGCGUCUAAAGGGACAUUUACGAAAUGCAGGGGGAAAGGGAAGACGAAUGAGGAGGCGAGCGAGAGGAUGCUUGGCGAGCAGCAGAGUGGGGGGGUUGAACAGGGGGGGCUGGGGGGCACGGAGGGGGAGGACACGGCGACAACGCUGCGGGCGGCAGGGCUGCAGCCGCUGGGCCUGUCUCAAAGCGACUCCUGGUACCGAGAGGUUCUGGACCUGAGAAAACGCGCCGGCGAAUACAAGUAUCGCGGCUGGGGUACCGAGCUUGCUCCCGAACACAUCACCCAACUUUACAAUAAGCAAAUCGAGCUCUGGUACCAAGUGUCCCGUCGGUCCUCGCUGUCUGCCCUAUCACUCGCUUCCACCAAUCACAAGGCGCUGCCUCGAGACGAGAAAGAUGGCAAAGAUUCCAAGAACCAUUCCCCUAAGAAGUUCCGCUCGUUCCGCUCAGCUCCCCACCAGUCUAUUCACGCUAAGCUACAGGAGACCAAGGCGUUGGAGAAGUCCCCGCACAAAACCUCACCCCAAAAGCAGAGGAAAAAGCUGCAGGGUCACAGCUUUGAUGAAGGCGCGUCGCAAGAAGCUAAAACCGGCGAGAACUCAGCGUUCCGGUCUCCGCGCCGGCGGCCGCGCUCGGCGGACCCCGCGCCGGCGCACACCAAGCUGCCCAACGGCCACGAACCCUCCGCAAGGCCCCCUAAACCUACCGGUUUGCCGUUGAGUAGAGCGACUAGUGUUAGAGUUAGGUCGACGUCCCGGGGCGGGCGGUCCCCGUCCGCGCCGAGCAAACCCACGAGUGGGGCAACUGGGGCCAUGAACGGGGCUUCUGGGACCCCAGGACGGGGCAGGCGCAGCCGCAGUAUCUCAAAAGUGGGGAUAAAAUUGGAUGACGAGAUACCAAACCACCGUAGCGCGUCGGUUGCCAAAGACCACUUCUUUGAUGACUCUCCAGUGGUGAAAUCACCACCAGAGCCCACUCGAGUGAAGUCUCCUGAACAAAUGAACAUGAGAUCUCCUGACCCUGUGAACUGGACAGUCCCACUGGACACCGGCAAGACGUUCACGGUCACUCAGAACGUCAAAAGCGAUGAGAGCGUUAAGCGCCCUAGCUCUGAGUUUAAAGGUGGGUCCAUUGCCGAAGAGGGGCCCACCGUGAAGCCGGCAGCCCCGGCAGAAAUCGCUCCGAUCCACCACCAGCAAAUGUCUCCGAUUCGCUCACUGAAGAAGAGCGAAUCGCCCACGAGCCUCAGCAAGCGCACCGACAAGACCCCCACCACCCCCACCAGCCUCACCCCCAUUGACGAGACUAAAGCCUUAGACAUGAAUAAGCUGAACGGCGUUAACGGCGUCAACGGAAUCAACAGCAACCAAUUGACUCCCGAGACUCCUACUCAAGAACCUCUAAAGGAAAAGGAAGUUAUAAAAAAGUCGACUGAAGCUACUCAAGUGGCGCCCGGAGUGGUCGAUACUACGGUCGUCAAUGAGCCUACAGGGGCCCUCACGGCUUCCGAGGUUUUGGACCGGGCUCGUACAAGGUUCGAUAAGUUUUGGGGCAAAAAGGAAGAUGACGUUUAGGUUAUUUUAGUAGCAAGUGCUGAUGUACUCUUGACAUUUGGAAACAGAUGACCACACCCAAUACAAAAUAAACACGAUUUUGCCAAUGUGUUACAAUUAUAAAAAUUAUUAAUGACAAAUGUCACAGAGUAUAUAAUAUUUAGCACUUGAAAUCAAUGUAGGAAUACUAAACUGCAGUGUUUAAAACUGACAAAAUUAAGGGAAAAAAGCUUCGCUUUCUAACGACGACUGUAAUAUGUAUUUAUUACUUUAUUAAGUAUUUUAUUAUCUUGAAUACGAUCACUAACUAUUUAAUAGGAGUGUGGUGGCUUGUGAUAGUAGAUUGAUCUUGAGGGAUAGGAAUGAAACGAUAUAUAACUAAUUAUUGGAUUAAAACUAAGUACUAAUACUGAGCUCUGUAUUAGUUGUUCUCAUUUAUAUGUUUUAUAGAAUAAUAAGACGGAAAUAUGUCAUCAAUCAUCAAUCAAUUGAAAUAUCAUUGAUACUUUUCAUGGGAUUUGUUUUGUUAACUUGCAAACAAUAGAUAUUUAUUGUUUCAU